AUGACUUGGCUGCGUGAUCCUGGCUUCAAUCCUCGAGCAUCAUUGCAACCCGUUCAACAUCUGGUCGAAAACAAAGGUAACCAGACAGCCCAGCUACGAUGGAGGCCAGGAAGGUAUGUGCCGGAACGCCAUGGAGCCUUGCGCAAGCAUGUCGCUGGACGACAAAAGCAUGAGCCUGACUGUGUCCAGGUUUUCCUGAGCGUCCAAGGCAUUUACGGUGGCCAAGCUACUAAAGGCAUCCUGCGGUUGACCGACUUCCACCUGGUAUUUUGCGCCCCCGUGGAUCAGGCAGUCGAUGCGUCUUCAAACCUGACGCCCAAGAUGCGGGAGACCUGGCUCACAUAUCCGAUGUUAUGCUAUUGCGCACUUCGACCCACUCCACCAACGUCAGGGCAAGCGCCAUCUAUACGCAUCCGUUGCCGAGACUUCACUUUUGUGACCCUCAACUUCACCGAUAACGAGGUGGCGCAAAGCGCAUUCGAUUUUAUCAAGGUGCGGGCGUCCAGACUUGGGUCAGUUGAGCGGCUCUUCGCCUUCAACCACAAGCCGUUGGAGAGCGAGAGGGCGGUGAAUGGCUGGGAAAUCUAUGACCCAAAGGCCGAAUUUCGGAGGCAAGGUAUCAGCGAGAAGUUGCCAGACAAGGGCUGGAGAAUCACUCACGUCAACCAAGACUAUACGUUUUGCGACACAUAUCCCGCCGUCCUGGUUGUGCCCUCGAUAAUCUCGGAUAAUGUCCUGAAAUACGCUAGAGAGUUUCGGUCUCGUAACCGAAUUCCGGUCUUAUCCUACAUUCACCCGGUCAACAACUGCACCAUAACAAGAAGCUCCCAACCGCUGGCGGGGGUCUUGAGAAAGAGCAAUGUCCAAGAUGAAAAGCUUGUUGCUGCCUCCUUCUCAGCUUGGGUCCCGGGGUCCUCCGAGGAUUCUACUCCUCCAUCAAGUCAGCCUGAUAAAUCAACCGACAGUUCCAUAUCCAAGCCUGAGGGCGCUGGAACAGUUUUGCAAGAAGCCGAGCCGGAAUCGAAGCCCGUUACAGCCCACAAGGAUGGAUCUUGGGAGCAGAAUGUAUAUGGGCGGCAACAGGCCAACAUGAUUGUCGAUGCCCGUCCUACCAUCAACGCCAUUGUAAACCAGGUACAGGGUAUGGGAUCAGAAAGCAUGGACAAAUAUCCUUUCGCAGCGAAAUCCUUUCUCAGCAUCGAAAACAUCCAUGUCAUGCGCAACUCUCUAAACAAGGUCAUUGAGGCAUUGAAAGACGCCGACAUAACCCCCCUCCCGCCUAAUCGAGAAUUGCUGCAACAGAGCCACUGGUUGAAGCACAUCCAUAGCGUUCUUAAGGGCUCGGCAAAGAUCGCUCGGAGAAUUGGUAUCAGGCACUCUCACGUCCUCAUCCAUUGUUCGGACGGAUGGGAUCGGACCAGCCAGUUGAGCGCCUUGGCUCAGAUGAUGCUCGACCCCUACUAUCGAACCCUGGAAGGCUUCAUUGUUCUUGUGGAAAAGGACUGGUUGUCCUUUGGUCACAUGUUCCGACUACGGUCCGGGCAUCUAAAUCACGAAGACUGGUUUGCGGUGCAUAAGGAUGCUUUUGCUGGCUCCAAGAUCCAACCUGGCGAAAAUGAUGGGCGAAACGAUGCAUUUCAGAAUGUGCUCAGCGGCGCCAAGCGUUUCUUCAACCAGAACAAGGACGACACGGAUCUGGCAGCCGUUAGCGAGACUGCGUCUGGAAGAGUGGUUGAUGAGGAGGCAACAACGCCAAGAAUGGUCAGCCCGGUAUUCCAUCAAUUCUUGGACUGUGUGUCCCAGCUAGUACGGCAGAAUCCCAACCGGUUCGAGUUCAGUGAGAGGUUUCUUCGCCGUUUAUUGUACCAUCUAUACUCUUGCCAGUACGGUACAUUCCUGUACAACUCAGAAAAACAAAGGAAAGAUGCUAGGGUGGCUGAGCGGACGUCAUCCGUCUGGGACUACUUUCUCUGCAGGAAGGCAGACUUUGUGAAUCCCAAUUACGAACCACUCAUCAACGAUCGUGAGCGGGGUCGUGAGCGUAUACUACUACCCAAUCUCGAUGACAUCAGAUGGUGGUAUCAGUUCUUUGGGCGGACCGACGAGGAGAUGAACGGAGUGCCAAGUGCAACGACGACGACCAUGGCUGAAAAUGAUCGAUUGGCCGCAGUUUCCGGUCUUACUCACGCCAGUCCAUCUCACCUUUCUCGAUCAGGUGCCACUAGUCCCAAGCCUCCAGACCUGACUUCUGGUGUGCCGGUCGUCGCCGCUGUCAAGACAGAACUCGAAAUGCUCGCAUCGAUACAGCACAGUGUAUCUGAAAGAGAUCCUACGGGCAUUUCUACCAAACAAGAUGAGCCCGCUGGCUUUGCAUCUGACAAGGUUGAUUUGCCGAAUAUGGAUCGGAGUGGCGAGCCCUCGCCAACUACUUCGCCCCCUAGCGAUCACAAGCUACUGGAGUUGAUGUAA